AUGGAUCAUAUCAUCGACCUCGUCUUUGCUUCGCCGUUGGGACCAUCAGCUCGACUGGCUUUACGCUCCGCUCCGCCGUCGGCACUGAAGGCUAGCAUCGACCCGGCGCCUCCGGCGGGAAGCGUCUUGCGAGAUCAGUUGCACUUGUCCGAUCCAGGGUCGUCGAGUAUGACCCCUCGAUCGAAUGGGCACGUCACACCUGGAUUGGGAGGGACGAUGAAACGAGCGACGACGACGGCGAUGAAGUCCUUGGCGCACUUGACAAGCUCGACUUUGACCGACCAGGCGACGACGAAUCAGCCUCCACCACCACCUUCGGCGCUGAGGUUGAACGGGCGAAGUGCAUCGACGGGAGGAGGAUCAGGUUCGGUCGCCGCUUCUCCGACGGGCAGUGCCUCGCCUUUACAUUCGUCCGCUUCGACGGACUCGUUGCGCUACUUGCAAUCGCGAGUGGGUGGUAAAGCCUCAUCGAAGAAAGCUUCGAUCCCAACAACGGACUCGGCGACGAUCGAAGGCAUCAUGAUUGAGCUCGUUGCCGCGGAUGAGGAGAGGUUGCGUAGACGAAGAGCCGCGCCGACGCUGAGCGAGGGUGAACCGGAUCAGGUGUUCCCGCUCAAGGGAUCGGUGUAUGAGUAUGCGCUGGAGUAUUACAAAGAGUCGCAGAUGAAGGUCAGUGCGCUCGUCGAACCAGGAGCCUUGGCGAUAGGGAGCUGAUGUCUUGUGCGCCCCUACUCGGAUUGACAGCCGACCGAAUCGGAAGAACCUGGGAGUGUGCAACACAACGAAAGGAUGUGGAGGCGUCAACGCAACGAAGCCGUGAUCCUCAAGACCCAACCGAUGAAGACGGCCGCUUCGCGUGCGCGAUGGGAUUCGCAGAUUGGAUUCUACAGCAACGAUACAAUUCCGACACGGAUUUUGUUCCAUCAGUUCGAGUCGCAUCUGUUGGCUGCGGAUGAUCGAGGACAAAUAACGUGCGUUGAUUUGGAUGUAAAGAAAGUUUUGAGUGUGUGUGCUGAUGCGCCUGUCCUGCAGUGUGUACGACUGGGAGAAGAACCUGCGCAUCAAUCGCUUCGCCAACGGGAGCCCGGCAUCGGUACCUAUUACCUCGCUCAAGUUCGUCAACGAGGAUGACGUCGCGAUGCUGCUUUCGGGGACGGGUGAGCACACUUCGAUUGCUUAAGGUCUAGGAAUGAAAAGAGCUGACCACAUCUGUUUCUUCGAUUGCAGCGGACGGUCACGUUCGACUGUUCCGCAACUACGCCUCGGUCGACAACGUCGAGCUCGUCUCGUCCUUCCAGGGCAUCGCAGAAACAAUCCCGACCACGACGACACAGCAAGAUGCUGGACUCGUUCUCGAAUGGCAACAAGGUCGCGGUCAGCUGCUGAUGGGUGGCAACGUCAAGCUGAUUCGAGUGUGGGACGCGACGAAAGAACAAGCCGUGCAGGAUUUGCCGACUCGAGCCAAUUCGUGUUUGACGAGUCUGACGGGGGACCAAGUCGCAGGCAAUAUUCUGGCUGCUGGCUUCGGAGACGGUGGUAUGAGGAUCUACGAUCGACGCCUUUCGGCGAGGGACAACAUGGUGCGCAGCUACAAGGGGCAUCAUCAAUCUUGGUUGUUGAACGUGCACAUGCAGCGAGGAGGCGAUCGAGAGCUCGUUAGCGCUAGGUGAGUGUCGCGAUGCGAGCUUCUGCACCGGAAGAUUACUUGGGUGCUGAUUCGUCGACGCGCUUUUACCAGUUUGGGAGGUGAGGCGUGCUUGUGGGAUAUUCGGUUAGCCGAACCGAUCAAGAGGGUUCAGGCGCAUCACGGAGGGAUGACUCAGCUUGCGGUGCAUGAACAUGCCCCUGUGUUUGCUACGUGAGUGCCUUAGUAUCGUCUUCGGUGUUUGAUGCGGCCAUUUCUGAUGAAGAGAACUGUGGGUUGCAUAGCUCGUCGGCGUUCAAUGUCAUCAAAUUGUGGAGCAUGAAGGACAUGACUGAACCCAUUUCAAAGUUCGGCAACUCAUGUGAGUGUUCUGGCGAACCUGUGCUCUAUCGCCCUGACCAUUCAUCAUCAAUGCUGAUACCAAUGACUCUCGCGCCCCCAUGCUUCCAGUCGGGUUCAUGAACCAACGCAACAUCUCGAUGACGUCGAUGGCGUUCCAUCCGCACCAUAUGAUGCUCGGAUGUGCGGCCGGCGACGGGCAUCUCAACCUGUUCGAAAUGGGUCAGUUCGAGCACAUGGCUCUCUGCAACUGUGGAGACGGUGCUGACAUGACUCACCCUCCUGCCUGACAUUCAGAGGACUACAAGAGUGCGUUGACGCGAGUCGGGGAACAGCAAGGACCGAUGGCCCGGAUAUCGUGGGCCUAG